UUCCUUCUGGAAGUUAACGUGGCAUCUGUGGAUGUCCAGCCAGAAAGUGUAGACUCUGCUCUCCAGACAGGGCUACAUGCAGAAUGACCUCCAGCUUCUGUCUCCUGGACUCCGGUCAGCAGGCCUGAUGCAACCUGAACUGGGCAGUGGGGUUUGAAGGAUGGCUGGGGAGCCAGGGUGACGUGCACACAGGGACCUCCCUAACUUCCUCGGCUUCCCAUGCUCUCCCUGACAGAAGAGAAACCCUUCGGUGGAAGGGUGCGGAAUUCCACGUUGCUAUCCUCUCCCUGUGAGUGGGACUGGCACCCCGGCUACCGCUCCAGCCAGAGGCCAGUGCACAGCCUGCUUUCCCAGGGCCCAGGCAUGGAGGAACUAAAAUGGGAACAGUACACAGUGACCCUACAAAAGGAUUCCAAAAGAGGAUUUGGAAUUGCAGUGUCUGGAGGCAGAGACAACCCCCAUUUUGAAAAUGGAGAGACAUCUAUCGUCAUUUCUGAUGUGCUGCCAGGCGGGCCUGCCGAUGGUCUGCUUAAAGAAAAUGACAGGGUGGUCAUGGUUAACGGCACCUCCAUGGAGGGUGUCCUGCAUUCAUUCGCCAUUCAGCAGCUAAGGAAAAGUGGAAAGGUUGCUGCCAUCGUGGUCAAGCGGCCGCGGAUAGUCCAGGGGGUGCCACUCCAGGGCAGCCCUGCCCUCAGUCACGAUGACCCGGCUUUUGAUGUGAUGGACGAGUUCGACAGCAGAAGUGUCCGCAGUGGGUACAGCGAGAGGAGCCGGCCAGGCAGCCGUGAAGGGCUUAACCGAAGCUGGGAGGGCAGCCCGGAGAGGGGUCGUGGCUACCACCGAGACCAAGACCACAGCCGAGGCCAGAGCCUGGAGCGUGGCCUGAACCACGAAGACCGCCGAGCGCGGGACUGUCGCCGUGGCCAGAGCGUAGAGCGGUACUACGAGCAGGACUAUGAGCGGGACUAUGAGCGCGCCUACUACCAGGCCUACGGGCUGGACAGCCCGUCUGGAUCGAGUCGCUGCCGGGCCCAGCAGGAGCGGCGCUACGAGCGCCCCAGGAACAGCAGCCAGGAGCCCCGGGGCCAGCCUGAUCCAGACAGGCACAUCGGGGUCCUGCUGAUGAAGAACAAAGCCAGUGAAGAGUAUGGUCUCCGGCUAGGCAGUCAGAUCUUCAUCAAGGAAAUGACCAAAACGGGUCUGGCAACUAAAGAUGGCAACCUUCAUGAAGGGGACCUGAUCCUCAAGAUCAAUGGAACUGUCACUGAGAACAUGUCUUUGAUUGAUGCUGGGAAGUUGAUAGAGAAGUCCAGAGGAAAACUCCAGCUCGUGGUGUUCAGAGACAGCAAGCAAACUCUUGUCAAUAUCCCAUCACUAAAUGACAGCGACUCAGAAAUAGAAGAUAUCUCAGAAAUGGGGUCAGUCCGGUCAUUUUCUCCAGAGGAAAGACGCCAGCAGUAUUCUGAUUAUGAUUAUCAUUCCUCCAGUGAGAAGCUGAAGGAGAGACCAAGCUCACGAGAGGACACAGCCCCAGGCAGACUGUCCCGGGUGGGGGCCACACCCACCCCAUUCAAGGCCUCGGGGGACACGGAGACCAAAAAGGAACCCAGAUACCAAGAGGAACCCCCAGCUCCUCUACCCAGAGCAGCCCCAAGAGCUUUUCUCCGUCCUAGUCCUGAAGAUGAAGCAAUAUAUGGCCCUGACACCAAGAUGUUGAGGUUCAAGAAGGGAGACAGUGUGGGCUUGCGGCUCGCUGGUGGCAAUGACGUUGGAUUAUUUGUUGGUGGCAUUCAAGAGGGUACUGCGGCGGAACAGGCAGGCCUGCAGGAAGGAGACCAGAUUCUGAAGGUGAAUACACAGGACUUCAGAGGAAUGGUUCGGGAGGAUGCUGUUCUCUAUCUCUUGGAAAUCCCCAAAGGUGAAAUGGUGACCAUUUUAGUUCAGAGUCGAGCUGAUGUGUUCAGAGACAUCCUGGCUUGUGGCAGAGGUGAUUCAUUUUUUAUAAGAACUCACUUUGAGUGUGAGAAGGAAACUCCACAGAGCCUGCCCUUUACCCGGGGGGAGGUCUUCCGAGUAGUGGACACGCUGUAUGAUGGCAAGCUGGGCCACUGGCUGGCUGUGAGGAUUGGAAAUGAACUGGAGAAAGGCUUAAUCCCCAACAAAAGCAGAGCUGAACAGAUGGCCAGUGUCCAGAAUGGCCAGAGGGACAGUGCUGGGGACAGGGCAGAUUUCUGGAGAAUGCGUGGUCAGAGAUCUGGGGCAAAGAAGAACCUGAGGAAGAGCCGAGAAGACCUGACAGCUGUUGUGUCUGUGAGCACCAAAUUCCCAGCAUAUGAAAGGGUUCUGCUGCGAGAAGCGGGUUUCAAGAGACCUGUGGUGUUAUUUGGCCCCAUAGCAGAUAUAGCAAUGGAAAAGUUGACAAAUGAGUUACCUGACUUGUUUCAAACUGCUAAAACAGAGCCAAAAGAUGCAGGAUCUGAGAAAUCUUCUGGAGUAGUUCGAUUAAAUACUGUGAGGCAAAUUAUUGAGCAGGAUAAGCAUGCACUGCUAGACGUGACUCCGAAAGCUGUGGACCUGUUGAAUUAUACCCAGUGGUUCCCAAUUGUGAUAUUUUUCAACCCAGAAUCUAGACAAGGUAUUAAAAUGAUGAGACAGAGGUUGAAUCCAUCAUCCAACAAAAGUUCUCGAAAGCUAUAUGAUCAAGCCAACAAGCUCAAGAAAACUUGUGCAUAUCUUUUCACAGCUACGAUCAACCUAAAUUCAGCUAAUGAUAGCUGGUUUGGCACCUUGAAGGACACCAUUCAGAAUCAGCAAGGACAAGCAGUGUGGGUCUCUGAAGCAAAGAUGGAAGGGAUGGAUGAUGACCCCGACGACCACAUGUCCUACUUAACUGCCUUGGGCGCGGACUAUCUGAGUUGCGACAGCCGCCUCAUCAGUGACUUUGAAGACACCGAUGGCGAAGGAGGUGCCUACACUGACAAUGAGUUGGAUGAGCCAGCCGAGGAGCCUCUGGUGUCUUCCAUCACCCGCUCCUCAGAGCCGGUGCAGCACGAGGAGAGCAUAAGGAAACUCAGCUCAGACCCACCAGCUCAGAUGAGGAGGGCUGCUAGCAGAGAUCAACUUAGGGACAGUAGCCCACCCCCAGCAUUCAAGCCAGAGCCGCCCAAGGCAAAAACCCAGAGCAGAGAAGAAUCCUGUGACUUCUCUAAAUCCCAGGAAUAUAAGUCAAAUCCCUCUACCAUGGGUGGAAAUGAAAUUCCCGGGACAGCUGGCAAAGGUUGUCCUCCCCCUGUUGCGGCGAAACCCUCCUUUGGACGAUCCUUCCAGAAGCCCUCCAUUUCCAGCCCUCCCCCGGAGAGUGAGGAGCUCAGGGAGAACAGCCAGGAACAAGAAGACACUCCCAAAUCAGUCCUGGGCAAAGUCAAAAUAUUUGAGAAGAUGGAUCAUAAGGCCAGACUACAGAGAAUGCAAGAGCUCCAGGAAGCACAGAAUGCACAGAUUGAAAUUGCUCAGAAGCAUCCUAGUCUCUAUGCAGUUCCAAUCAAAACACCCAAGCCAGAUGCCGGCCUGUCGCAGCACACAAGUUCCAGACCCCCUGAGCCUCAGAAAGGCCCCUCGAGACCCUAUCAGAAUAUGCAAGGAAAUUACGGAAGUGACGCAGAGGAGGAGGAGUACCGCCAGCAGCUGGCAGAGCACUCGAAGCGCAGUUACUAUAGCCAGCCAGCCAGAUACCGGGAUACCGAAUUGUAGGUGUCUGAGCAUGGACUCUUCUGGGCCUGUCUGCUGCCACAUGAGACACUGCCGGGAUGGUUCUUCCACAGCAGACAUGCACUGAGGUGGCGUGGUGGAAACUGAACUUGGCAUUCUCCUGGGGAACCCAGGUGCCAGCCAGCACACAUUAAGAACUAAGACUCUCUGUGGAACUAGGGUAGAGAAGUUUAUUAUGGCUUUGCACUCAGAAUUGAGAGGAACACCACAGUCUGAUAUUAUUACUUGCUUCGGUGGACCAAAAUCUGUAUUAAUGCUGUUGGUGUGUUUUUAAUGUGUAUAUUAAGAAGCAAUAACUUUUCCCUCAUUUGUGCCUUCAAGGAUGGCUUCAGUGUGAGGCAGAAUGUGAAAAAAGGAAUAAAAUAUAUUGUUCAACUCAAACUAAAUUUAAAGUAUUUUAUUAUAAAGUGCCUUUGAUAAGUGUCUUAAAUUCUCCUUUAAAGCUUUAUGCAAAGCCAUAAUGGACUAAAACUUUAUCUUGGCUACAUUUUUUAUACCAUUUUAAUAGCUGUGGUUAUCUCCUGCACAUCCUGUCAUCCUUUCCCUGUCAUCUUUUCAAAGUGUUCAUCUUUGUAAUAUUGUCUAUGAAUUCUGAUUGUACAUAUAAUAGCUGUACUGGGUAGUUUGGCUGUAAAGUGCUAAAAAGCUUGAAGGCCAAGAAGUUGGUAUGGAAAUUUAUUUGUUUAAAAUCAUGUGCUCCAGGGGCCAGGGAUUUAGCUCAGUGGUUCUGCUGCCUGCCUUGCAAGCACAAGGUCCCGAGUUCGAUCCCCAGUACAAAAAAAAAAUCAUGUGCUCCACAAAAGAAGACAGUUGAGAAAAACAUAUUUAAUUCCACAAGUAUGUCUAUUGAUGGGCAUCAGUUUUAUAAUUUAAUAAAAAGGAGUACAUUGUAAUUAGUAAUUUGCUUUGUGGUGAAUUUCUGCACACACACAGACGCCAUGCUAAAGGCUUGAACUCAAGGUAUCAAGAUAUGUAAGCAAGUGCUCUACUAGUAAGCUAUAUCCUCAACCUAUUUUUAAUGCAACUUUUAUUUCAAUUACUGAUCAUGCAAGUGAAAACUGUUCAUUGUUGAACAUUGAAAAAUGGAGCCACUUAAGAAAAACAAAAUAAAGACUACUUAUAAUCCUG